AAGCCGGCGUGAGGAGUGAUUGAUGCGUAUUUUCUUUUUAUAUCCAAACAAUAAUGGAUUAUUCACAUCAAGUUGUUGAUGACAAUUAAUAUAAUUAUAUUCAUAACUGAUGUAAUGGUUAUUAAUUCAUAAAGUGAAGAGUUUUCAUCAAAAUAUCAAGGAUGUCUACUUUAAAAUCAAAAAUGCUUUUUAAUUCAGUAAAACGAGUACAAUUUGAAAUUCUCUCUCCUGAUGAAAUUCGGCGUAUGUCAGUCACUGAGGAAGGAAUUCGUUUUACGGAAACUUUUGAAAAUGGAAAACCAAAGCAAGGAGGACUCAUGGAUCCAAGACAAGGAGCAAUUGACGAGAAAUCACGAUGUCUAACAUGCGAUGGACAAUUACCUGAAUGUCCAGGUCAUUUUGGUCAUAUUAAUUUAGCCAAACCUGUCUUUCACAUUGGCUUUCUCCCAAAAACGAUAAAAAUUCUCAGAUGCGUCUGUUUUUUCUGCUCGAAACUCUUAAUUUCUCCAAACGAUCCAACUAUCAAGAAAAUAUUCACCGAAACGGAAGAUCAGCCUGGUAGACGUCUGACACUAAUUCACGAUUUGUGCGUAACGAAACGAAAAUGUGGUGAUAAUUCAAAGGAACUUUACGGUUGCGGUCAGUGUCAACCGAAUUUCAGAAGAUCUGGUCUCGACCUUCAUGUAAAAUUUACACAAACUGGAAAAGAAGAAGAAGUACCGCUAACUGCAGAAAGAGUUCAUGGAAUUUUCAAAAAUAUCACCGACGAAGUUUCUUUGAUUCUUGGUAUGGAUCCAAAAACCUCACGUCCCGAAUGGAUGAUUUUGACUGUCCUGCCCGUACCUCCAUUGUCAGUUCGUCCAAACGUUAAAUCGAAAAAUUCAUCUGUUACGAAACAAGACGAUUUAACAACAAUAUUAUCAAACAUCGUUAAAAUAAAUCAAUUACUAAUCGACAAAAAUGAUAAUAAUCCAGAAAAUGUAAAACAACUGCACUUUCACACUGCCCUUCUGAUUAAGAAGGAUCUUCCAGAAUUGUCUUCAGAAUUAAAUUUUGAAGAAAAUUUUAAACAAAAGAAACCAUUGAAAUUAAAAGAAUGUUUUAAAGGCAAAAAAGGAAGACUUCGUGGUAAUCUACUGUGUAAAAGUGUAAAUUUCACAGCACGCUCUGUAAUCACCCCGGAUCCCAAUCUGCGAAUCGAUCAAAUAGGCAUACCUCAAACUGUCGCCAAAAAUUUGACAUUUCCCGAAAUUGUCACACCACUAAAUAUCGAAAAAUUACAAAAACUUGUCAAAAAGGGCGAUAAAAGUUAUCCAGGAGCUAAAUAUGUUGUCACAGACAAAGGCGAAAUAAUAGAUCUCAAAGGAAACGAAGAGGAUAGUAAAAUUAAAUGUGGAUAUAAGGUUGGAAGACACAUUUGUGACAAUGAUUUAGUUGUUUGUAGUCAUAAAUUUGAUAUGAAGGGUUACCGAGUUAAAGUAUUACCUUGGAGUACAUUUCGAUUAAAUGUCAGUAGUGCAUCGGCCCACGAUAUUCUUUUCAAUUCCGACGAAAUAAACUUGCACGUUCCCCAGUCAUACGAAACUAUAGCCGAAGUGGAAAAUCUUGAUAUGAUAGCGGGUCAAGUUAAGACACCAAAAACGAUGAAAUCGAUAAUAGGUGUUGUCGAGGAUGCAUUACUUGGCGCGUUUAAAAUAACCCAAAAGGAUGUUUUCAUUGAAAAGAGUGAUUUCAUGAAUCUUCUAAUGUUCGUCUCGAAUUGGAAUGGAGUAAUACCACAACCUUGUAUUUUAAAACCAAAACCCCUUUGGAGUGGAAAACAAGUAGUUUCUCUAUUAAUUCCGAAAAACUUAAUUUACGAUGAGUCAGAGUUUUCGGCUAAUUUUGAGGAUGAUUUUAUAAUGAUCAAAAAGGGAGAAAUUAUAACAGGUACUCUUUGUCGCAACACAGUUGGUUGCUUACGCAAUUCCAUUCCGUAUUAUUGUAUGAUGAACUUUGGUCAUCAAGUGUGUGUGAGAUUUUGUCAUGAUCUUCAAAAUGUCAUUAACAAUUGGCUAUUAUUAGAGGGACAUUCAGUUGGUAUUGGUGACACUAUUGCCAAUCCUGAGAGUUAUUUAGCAAUUCAGGAAUUAAUGAGAGGUGCCUCAUUUGAGCUUUUUAGAAUUAUGAAAGAUGCUUGUUUUUCAGAUAUGAAUUGGAAUGAUUUCAAUUUAGAUUCCUAUGAAGCUCUGAUAAUAUUAAAUAAACAUAUUCGCAAUGCAUUAGUAAAAUUUUUACCAAAAACGAACAAUUUUUUGAUAAUGGCAAAAGCAGAAUCAGAUGAAAAAUAUAAGGAACUGGCAAAAAUUAUUGGCUGCAAGGGACAACAAACUGUGAAGGGUGAACGUAUACCUUUUGGCUUUUGUAAACGUACUUUACCACACUUUAGAAAUGAAGAUUAUACACCCAAGUCGAGAGGUUUCAUCCAAAAUUCUCAUCUCUCUGGUUUCACACCUUCUGAUUUUUAUUUUCACGCUAUGGAGGGUCGAGAUUUUCUCAUCGAUUCUUACAAGAAAUCUAAAGAUGCGGAACACAUACAACGUAAUUUAGUGAAGGCUAUGGAAUCAGUAAUGAUACAUUAUGAUGGAACGGUGAGAAAUGCAGGGAAUCAGUUGCUUGAAAUCAAUUAUAGUUAUAAUUGUUUUUAUGAUGAGGUUCCCUUAUACAAUACUGAAAGCUCUGUUACACUGAAUAAUGAAGAAUUUGAAAAAGAAUUCAAAUUCGAUCUAACAAAUGAACGUGUACGUGAUAAAUUUAAUAAAAACAUUUAUCUCGAUGUGAUCAAUUCAGAAGAACUCAUUUCCGAAUUGCAAAAAGAAUUUGAUCAAUUAUGUGUAGAUAAAGCUGUGUUCAGAAGUAUCAUACCUACUUUGAUCUGUCCACUUCCUUUUAAUUUGGAACAAAUGAUUUAUGUUGCACAAAAUGAUUUUCAGACGAAAAAUGUGCCUUGUGAUUUGAAUCCGUUGAGGGUUAUUCAAGGUGUUAGGGAUCUUCUAGAAAAAUGCGUUAUUGUUAAUAGAGAUGAUAACAUCAGCAGAGAAAUAAAUGAGAACACGCAUUUUAUAUUUCGAUAUAUCGUGAGAUUGAGAUUGUGCACCAAAGCCGUCUUUGAAAAAUAUCAACUGUCAAGCCAAGCCUUCGAGUGGUUGAUUAGUGAAAUAGAAAAUCGGUUCCAUCAGGCAAUUGUUCCACCUGGUGAAAUGGUUGGUGUUUUAGCAGCACAAUCAAUUUGUGAGUCUCUUUCACACAUGACCUAUCACACUAUUAACCAUACUGCUACAGCAUGGUUCAAAAAGAAGCAAGGUGUCUCUAGAUUAAAAGAAAUUAUCAAUUGCAGUAAAAUGCCGAAAUAUCCAUCACUAAAAAUUCAUCUAAAACCAGAAAUUCGAACUAUUGAUAAAGCAGUUUAUGCAGUUGCCAGUCGAAUAGAACACACGACACUGAAAAAUUUGAUAUUAAGUUCUGCAAUUUAUUACGAUCCUGAUAUCAACAAUACCGUUAUUCCUGAGGAUCAAGAAUUCGUAAAUGUCUUUCAAGAAGUUGACGACCUCGAUCCAUCGAGUUUAUCGCCAUGGUUGCUUCGCUUCGAAUUGGAUCGAAGAAAAAUGCUACGAAAAAGAAUAAAAAUGGAAAAUAUUGCUGGUAAACUGCAUUCAAUAUUUGGCGACGACUUGAAUGUCAUGUUUAAUGACGACAGUGCGGAGCAUUUGAUUCUUAGAAUUCGAAUAGUCAACGGUGAUGAUGAUAUUGAAGAUAAAUUUGAAGAGAGCAAGAAAACGUCAGAUGAGAUUGAAUGUGAAGAUGAUGUCUUUUUGAAAGGCAUCGAGUCAUUUAUUUUGAAUGACAUUACAAUACAUGGUAUUGAAAUGAUUCAUAAAGUGGGCAUAAAGAGAGGAGAACGUCAUCAGAAACUGAAAACUAAUGGUACAAAUUUAGUGAAAGUAUUAAUCGAUAAAGAUGUUGAUUCAAGGAAAACAAUUAGCAACGAUAUUCACGAGAUUUUUAAUGUACUGGGUAUUGAGGCUGCUAGAAAAUCUAUAGAGAAUGAAAUGUUUGACGUUUUUAUUUAUUACGAAUAUCAUCGAAAGCGGCAACAUUUUAUUCUGCUGGGUGAAGUUAUGACUGCUAAUGGACAUCUGACGUCUAUCAGUAAUCACGGUUUUGAUAGAGAAGAUCUUGGAGCAUUCCUGAGAUGGUCUGCGAAAGAAAAUGAAGACGUUUUGUUUGAUGCUGCUUGUCAUGGAGAGGUCGAUCCUCUGAAAGACGUCACAGGAAAAAAUAUUCUGGGACAAUUGCCUCGCAUUGGCACUGGUUGCUUUGAUUUGUUACUUGACAAUAAAACUCUACUAGGAGGAAAGGAUGCAUAAUAGGUGGUUCAGCUAACGUUCUUAAGAAGAAGACUGAAGAGAUUGUCUAAUUAUUUUUCUAAAAGUUUAAGGAAAAGUUCCUCAGAUAUUAUUAUAUUGAUUUAUCUAAAUUUAUAUUUAGUAAGUAAGUAAAACUUUACAGAUUCUAUAUUUUUAUAGCAAUUAUAUAAAAGAGUUUAAUAAAAUAUAAAUUUAUUG